AUGGAGAACUUUGACUUCGGAUCUUUCAUCAAUUCGCCCGUCGCCGUGGGCGAAGACGCACGACCCUGGGGAGACGGCAGCACCGCCAACGGUCCUCCAGCUGCUGAGAACUUGCAGCGCUCCACAAGCUUCAACGCAGGAAUUCAAGGGGCUCAGGUGACUGCAGCGGCCAUGUUUGCUUCGCCUUCGCAGCGUACGCCUCUGCACAGAUCCUCCACCGACUUCGGUGAUUUCGCUUCAAACGCCUUCGCUCAAAACAAUGCGCCACCAUGGACCGAAUCCGUGCACGGAAUUCAGCCUUUCGUCAAUCACGACGCUAAUUUUGAGGGUCCGACCUUUGGCAGCCAGGACGUCAACUAUAGCCGUCAUAUUCCUUCUGGUCCUUCGAUGGAGGCUACCGUCCCCGCGCCACUCGCAGCUGCUGUGGCCUCAAGCCAGCGCGACCCUGCGACGGCCAUGAACGAGGUAGCGCCUCUGCCCACAGACUAUCGAUCUAGCAUCGCCGCACAUCACUCUUCUCAGCUCAAGCAGUGGUUCCCUGCUUUGCUCCAGACGUCUCAGACAAGCCUCGGUGGCCCUGGCCGCACAGCAUUUGGCAUGCAUAGCUCCCCAAGCGUGCCUCUCAGCCAAGCGAUGCGCAUGACGGCACCUUCACAGAGGCACGCGACAGGUCAAGGUAAAGCCGAACGUCCCAGUCUGACCAUUCAGGAGCGCCGUCGCCUCUCGAGACGUCGCUCCGCUGCGGCUUCGAAGUCUUCCAGCGGCUCGACUUCGAGCGCAUCUGCCAGCAGCUACGCCGCCAAGCGCGAUGCUGAGAAGCGUCUCGGUCCACACGAGAGUCUUCAUCGUGAAGCCGCGCAAGCUACAGCACGCUCCAUGUCGCAAUUGAUGCAACCUUCGUUGUCCCAGCCGCAGUCGCCGUCGCCAAACGGGAUGGCAUUGGAACCAUCGCCGCCGAGUUCCAACUCCGACCCAGUAUUCACGGGCGACUUCGGUGAUGUGAUCGAGAACAAGCGUACGCAAUCAAAUUUGUACGCUUCAACCGGCUUUGAUCUGAUCGGUGCGCUCACCCGCAUCGCCAACCGUCCCAACCCGAAGAUCACGAUCGGGCCCAUCGACCUUUCUUGCUCUUUCACCGUAUCGGACGCCAAUAUGCCAGAUCAGCCCAUCCUAUACUGCUCAGACUCGUUUCUGCAUCUGACCGGCUAUGAGCGCGCAGAAGUCUUGGGUCGCAAUUGUCGUUUCCUUCAAGCCCCGGGCGGCAUGGUGGAAGCAGGAUCAGAGCGUCAACACACCGACGGUCGCGCUGCACGCCAUCUCAAGAGGCGAUGCCAGAAUUUUCAAGAGUGCCAGGCCACACUCAUCAACUAUCGCAAGAAUGGGCAUCCGUUCAUCAAUCUCGUCACCAUCGUCCCCCUCAGCUGGGGCGACGUGGGGCCCGAUGGCGAGCCCCCACCAACCUACUUGAUUGGCUUUCAGGUCGACCUCGUCGAGUCACCUGGCGCUGUCGUCGAACGCAAGGCCGACGGAACUUACCACAUGAAUUAUGCGAACGGUGACCGUCAAGAUCCAACUCGCUCCCAGCCACUGGACGACCAUACCGCUUUGCACACGCAUGCCGCCGAGACCCUGGCUGCUGCUGCUGCUAGCGCCGUCGCACAGCAAGAUCCAGCAGUGGUCAAGGCGAAUCAACAAAGGAUGAUGGCAAAGGACCUUGCCGAGAUCAUCAGCAGCGGCAGCGUGGACACAUCGCAAUGGGCUACAUUAUUACUCGAAAACUCGCACGAUCUCAUUCACGUCUUGUCGCUCAAGGGCACUUUCUUGUACGUAUCGCCCUCGGUCGAGCGGAUCCUUGGAUUCAAGCCCGAAGAGCUGGUCGGCAAGAGCAUUAGCGAGUUCUGUCAUCCGUCGGAUGUAGUGCCCGUCUUCCGCGAGCUCAAGGACUCCACAAGCAACGCAAGCAUUGCUGCUGCUGCUCGUCAUUCCGCCCGCACUGAUGGGACAGUCAACCCUCUGACUAAAGGAGGAGCAGGACAAGUCGGUCCCUCGGUCAACUUGAUGAUGCGCAUGAGGCACAAAACCCUAGGCCACACUUGGAUAGAAAGCGCCGGCAAGCUUCAUCUAGAGCAAGGCAAGGGUCGCAAAGUUGUUAUCUCCUCUGGUCGUACGCGCCCAGUGUACGACCUACCAUGGGAGAUGGCCCGCAGCAGCCUCGAUCCCCCUGGCCACGAUUCGCCCGGCGUCUGGUCAAAAGUUUCGAAGAGUGGCCUCUUCUUGACAACAAACGGAGCAAUUUCCAACCUUCUAGGUCAGCAAGCCGAGGACACGCAGCUCACCGGGCGUCAUAUUCGAAGAUUCACCAACCCGGAGGCUCACUCGGCUAUUCUCACAGCUCUGCAGAGCUCCGAUGGCGGCGUUGUCUCGCACGCGAUGAAUGAUGGCCAUUCGAGCCCACAGGUCGACGUUUUGUCCACAUUCUACCCUUCGACUCAAGAUUCUGAGGUAGCGGAGCAGCAGCCUGCCGUUUUCGUGCACACUCAACGGCUCAACGGUAGAAUGCCUUCGCUAGUACCCAACCACCUUUUCUCACUUGCAGGUGUGGAGUCUCGCGCGCACAUCGCUCCGUUCGACAAGCAUUCGAGCUCCGAGCAAGACACCGUUUCAACCCUGAAACCCGGCGAACCCAGAGCAGGCAGCGUGUUUGCCGAGCUGUCCACUUACAGAAGCUCAUCGUGGGUCUUUGAGCUCCACCAGCUCAAGAAUGCCAACAAGAAGCUCCGCGAGGAGUUGCGACACCGUCGUCGUGAUAGUCGCGCCCAGCCAACGGGCAUGACCCCGUCGCAUCGCUCGUCUGCAGGAGACUCGCUUCAACGUCCACCGCUGAACGUCAAUCCAGUCUUCAAAUCGCAGCGCGCGGUAGAGGGUGGCAAGGAGUCCUCUGGUAGUGGCGGCGAGACCAGCAGCAGUAGUGCUGUGCAGUCCAGCAACGAUAGUCUGCUCCCAUCAACCUCGUCGAGCGAAGAGACGGUGGCAACGAGCGGCGUCAGCGCUGGCGAAGAAGUCAAUCCAUCGGUCUCGGGCAUCAAGAGAAAGUUCUAA